AUUGGGAAAAGGCCCAAAUGAAGCCCAUGUUAAUGAGAAGAGGAUAAAAAUAGGUAGUUGAGCUGGAAAUGAGGGCAUCCGAUGAAUUCAGUCCUGUGUCAUUCUAUCUACCGUCUUCUUACAAGCUUGCUUGCUGCUAGUCUGCUUUUGUAUCGAUUUUGAUCCAAAUCCUUGCGAGCUGUGGGACUGAUUUGUCUAUGUCGGGUCUUUACAAUUCCAACUUUUCGCCUGCUCGGGCUGCCUCUCCGCAGAUUACUGCAACUAACCCUGAUGUAGAUAGUAAUCCCUACUUGUCGGAGCUCUUGGCGGAGCAUCAGAAGCUUGGUCCAUUUAUGCAAGUUCUUCCUAUUUCUACGAGACUCUUGAAUCAAGAGAUCUUGCGGGUUACUGGGAUGUUGCCGAAUCACAGCUUCAGUGAACUUGAGAGACUAAGACACAGAAGUCCUAGCCCUAUGGCCUCUGCAAACUCUCUGUCAAAUGUUGCUGGGACUGGAUUAGCAAGCUGGAAUGGACUUCCACAAGAGAGAUUGGGUGGGCCUCAUGGAAUGACUAUGGAUUGGCAAGGUGCACCAGCAAGUCCCAGUUCAUACACUGUCAAAAGGAUUUUGCGCUUAGAAAUUCCUGUGGACAGCUUUCCUAAUUUCAAUUUUGUUGGCCGACUUUUGGGUCCUAGAGGAAAUUCACUUAAACGAGUUGAAGCCACUACUGGAUGCCGGGUAUAUAUUAGAGGGAAAGGCUCAAUAAAGGACCCUGACAAGUUGCAGGAGGAGAAGCUGCGUGGACGACCUGGCUAUGAGCACCUUAAUGAACCACUCCAUAUCUUAAUUGAGGCUGAUUUACCAGCUAAUGUGGUUGAUAUGAGACUGAGACAAGCACAGGACAUAAUUGAAGAAUUGCUGAAACCAGUGGAUGAAUCACAGGAUUUCAUAAAGAGGCAACAGUUGCGUGAGCUUGCCAUGCUAAAUUCAAAUUUUAGAGAAGAGAGCCCUGGGCCAAGUGGCAGUGUCUCACCUUUUAAUACCAGUAUGAAACGCGCAAAAACAGGACGCUGAGAUCAUCUACAAGCUCUUCAAAGAUUUUUUUCUUCCGUGAUUGACGGAAUUAUACAUGGAUAUACGUAUUGAAAUGCAUCAUAUCCCUAUUUUUCUGCCUAGUUGAUUAUACAACAAAUAGAUUAUUGUUUAAGGAGAUGUGAAGUUGAGUGUUUUGGUUGGGUUUUACUUUUUUUAAUGAAGCAGAACGUCUAAAGAAAGAAAAGGUGUUGUAUAGGGUUGGUUUUAAACCAGGUUUUGUCAUGUCAGUUCCAGAAAAAUGUAUUCAUUUGAUUGAUUCUAGUGUGAGAUCACUGAGAUGUAUUAUUAUUUGUACAGAUUGCAAUUUAGAAGUUUGAUCUUGUAGAUA